AUGGCCAUCUUCACGGACGGCAAAAGCACUGCGAUUAAUUCCCCCCGCCAUCUCACUCUCCGCCAUGCAAUCCGGGCCGUUAAGCUCGACAAGUACAACAAGGACGAGCUGGAGGAGGACGAAGAGGGGCCUUCGCUGCCAGAAAUCAGACCAGGACAGGAGCAACUGUUCUCUUUUUGGGCCCCAAGUCUAACAGCGGGCAAGGUCCACCAAAUCAAGGUCCAGCAAACGAUCAAUCCGAAUAACGGACAAAAGCCCCUCCAGCUUGAUGCUCAACAGAACUUUGAUGUCCAUGCUCCGCGAUACUCUCUUCCUGAGGGAUCGAUUUAUUCAGUAUAUCCCCCUCCAGGGUAUAUGGAGGAAGCCCGUAUCCUGCCUCAUGUGGUGUUGAGUGAUCCUCACCUUCCGUGGGAAAGACAAGGAACUACGCAGGAUUUACCGGAUGCUAAACGCAACAAGGUCCCAUGGCUUGCUCUGAUCCUGUUCACUCACGAUGAAUUGCGCCUUCCUGCCGAAGAUCGAGAUGGCGCUGGCUGCAUCUUUCCGUCUCUCCCCAAACCCGUCCAGCAGACGUCCACACAGGCGAUUCGAAUGUCACUGAGAGAUCUCUAUCGCACAAAGAAAAUCAUCGCCCCAAUCAAGGAAGAAGAUGGGGAAUCAGACACCGCCAGGAAUAUAAUGGGCGAUUUCAUCUUCAUCAAGAAGGAGCUUUUUGCGGGUCUUUUCCCGCCUUUCGCAGACGUGAACCAACCUGACCAUGUGUCGAGGCCGGAUACCGCGCCGUAUCGCUUCCUCUCGCACGUCCGCAAGAUUAAUACGGCAGGUAUGGCCGUUGCAGGGAAAGAGGAUAUCGGUAUCUUUUCUGUGGUGGUUUCGAAUCGUUCGGGCCCGUUGGACUACCCCACGCCCACGACUGUGUGCGCGCAUCUCGUUUCGAUCGCGGGGGUGGAGGAGGAUAUGUCGUUUCCUUUUCCCGCUGACAGUAAAUAUGCAGCGCUCUGCUCGCUUCAUAGUUGGAGCUAUACUGUUACCCCGCCUAAUACGCUCAACGUCCCUGAAGCCUUCACGUUAUUGGGUGAAACGCUGGGCCCUCUUCGACCACCGGAUAAAGUGAUCCAAGACAUUCGAUCAACCGCGAACCCAGCCAAUGCAGAAAUAUCAAAUCGACUGGCGAAAAGACUUGAAGAUGGCUACUCGCUGGUAAAACAUCGCACUGCCACUGGUGAAAUGACCAUCGCCCUCUUUCGGGGUCCUUUCACGCCAACGUACGUUGAGCGUCGAUGGAAGACGACACAGAACAGUGACACCGACCUGAAUCGAUGCUCGAAUUCUGGACUCGAUCUGCAGAUUCUUGAUAAGCAGGUUGGGAUCAUGGAUAUCUCGUACUCUGUCGCCUGGCAGGUUGGACGCAUGCUGGCUCUGGCUGAUCAGCCUUUCACCACGGCACUGAUUCGGCUACGCACAGCAAUUCAUCAACGUGCGAUGGACGAGUCGAAGAGGAUUGUACUUGAAAGGCUAUGCGGGAAGAAGCACCUUGGCAGGGAAACGAUCCUUCAGGGAAUACCGGAAAUGUGCAAGAAUUUAGGGAAGAUUACAGUGGCGGGUGAAGGUGAAGAUGACGCCUUUGGUCCACGAUCGGCGGCGAAGAGAUGGAACCGACGCGCUCUGGAGAAAUGCGAAUAUCCUAGUCUCGACUAUCUUUCCGAGCUGAUCGAGAAGGAAUACCCACAGCAGGCAGUCGAGGCAGCCUACUAUCUGGCCAUGGGGACUGACGGCAAAGUCUACGACGAAAUCAACAAUCCCGUCUCAGUAGAUUGGAUGGUCGUGCUGGCCUGGGUGAUGAACCGCAUGUUUCUCGACGGCGUCCCUGCUCACUACCUGAUCACAGACCCUAGUCAUAUCGAGCACGAACGGCUCAAAUUCUUCCAUGUCGACGCGAACUGGACCGACGCGCUGAUCGACGGCGCCUUGAGUCCUGGCAACCACCUGGGCGAGGACAGAGACCGGGUCGCCAUAAAGAGGGCGUUGAAUCGGUAUAUCAGGGAGAAACCAGAACGGCUGGUGCAUCCACCACAGAUCCCAACUUACGGGUUCUAUUUGCGAUCUGAUUUGGUUUCAAUGUUUCCUGAUCUGAAGGUUACGACAUUGCCGGAGCCAAAGAAAGACGUACCCGAUAAGGCCCCUCUGCUGCGACACGAGAUUAUCACCGAUGGACUCAUGCUGGGAUUGCUUGAUCGUGUUCCUCGUAAGGAUGAGUUUGAUGGACUCGUGUUUACACAGCCUCCGCAUCAGCAGCGCUUUGCUGCUGCCGCGACACUGAGGGCUGACAGUAUUCGGGUUGUCAUGCGAAAACAGUAUACAGUGGCUGAGGAAGACCGGAAAACGGACAAGCAUGAUCGAGACCCACUGGAGGUUUUAAACUUGAAGAGCAGUGAUGCCGACAAGUUGUUUAUCUGGGGAUCUCGCCCUGGUCAGUCCGAUCUUCAUAUCCUUCGUCUGCCUCACUUUGCAGAUCGCCAACUCAAGAUACUUCAGGAGAAGAUGGGCACCUUUAAGAAGGCUGAAGUUGAUACCAAGUACUUUGACGACGAUACUGCCACUUCGGCUUUGUUGGCUCUACAGCUCAGUGACCCCAUAUACAGUUUUCGGAUUAGCCUCGACACGCCAAGAAGUGCAGAAAGCCGUGAGCCAGAUAUCAGAACCUUGAAUCUGCUGGCUCCAUCAAUGGUCAACCGUGUUGCCUCAAGGCCCCAAUCAGAUCCUGUCCGGGCCAUCCCAGAGCCAGAACCUGAGAGCUAUUCCCCUACCGCCAGUGCCAACUUCGAACGCCCCAAAGAGUCUGUAUUGACACCACAUGACUACAAUUUCAGCCUUGUACCCCACACACACCCUAUCCACAGCGAAUGGGGCGGAGAUGAAUCUCGACCUGGAAUCCAACCCUUCAUGCUGACCGCAGUAUCAAGCCGGGGACGCUCUGCACCCGCCUCACCCCCGGAAUACUCAUGCAGGGUAUCAGGCGUUGGCGUCACAGGGAUUCUUCCAGACAAAGACAACCUCCCGCAGGACCUGAUCUUUUCAAUCCGAGUGUCCAACAACACAAACAACCGCUACAAGCUGACUGCAUUCCACAUUUGGAUCCCCCUCGGGAAAGCCACCAUCAACAACGAACGGCUUAUGGAGAACUACACGGGACCUGGGGCCACGGUGCUGAGUAACUUGCGUUUCAACGUGCUGCUGAAGUUUAUUAAUGAAGAUGACGAGAGUCGUACAUUGAGGAUUAGUCUGCUGCCACGGAGUAGAAAGCAAUAUGUGGAUAUUACGCUGGUCAAGGAGAUGAGCUUUUUGCUUGCUUUGGCGCAGGUGAAU